AUGAUGGACUCCGAGGAUGUGCUGGAUCUAUACGACAUUGCUGUCUUACUCAACUAUGAACGGAACACUACGGAACCUCGGCUUCGACACACGAAAUUGAGAGAAGUCGCUUUCCCGGGUACACAACCGAAGACGGUCGCACUCAGCAGUCCAAUCGACCAAGGCUGGAACAACAACGCGUCGACUUGGAUCGUAUUGGAUCAGCAGCAGACCAACGAUCCCGAUACCCCAGACUUGCCCACGGAAUUCAUACCACCGAACAAACGCAAGGAUAGCGCACUCUCCAACGAGCAACUAGAGACGCUAUUCCAUCAAGCACGCAAUCACGAUGGCUGUUACCAGGCGAUUAGUCUGCUUCAGAUCUUCUUUGCACUGUUCUCCGAAGACACAAAGUUGAGGGUGAGACAUGCGCCUAGUGGUAAGCAGCCAGGCAUGUCUUAUACGACAACAGUCAGUAGUCGUGUCAUUGUCGAAGAGUCCUUCCGUGACCCAAAGUUUACCACGGCUAUCUGCGUACUCCCACAGGGCGCAAUGUUUGUCAGUGGGCACCAGCCACAACUGCUGCAUGCCGUCGUAGGUUUCUCUCCGCUCGAUAGCGACACGGUUCAAUCCUUCUUCGAUCUCUCAUCCAUGCAGUUCGGCGAUAUAGGACGCGGACCUGGGCCGAAGGGAAAGCAGCUGUUCGCUCUGGAUACCCCCGAGGAGUUUGCCCUGCGUUUCAUGGUACACCUGUAG